AUGUGUUCAUAUAAUGAAAAUGAAAAAUUAAUAAGUGCUAUGAGCGAUGAAAAUUGUGGACUAUUUGAGUUUACCAAUGAAGGUAAUUCUGUGGAAGUUGGAUUCUUAUGCUGGAUUCAGACUACACCAUGCACAGAGGAUAAAAUUAAUAAUCAAGAUUUAAUCAGUGAAAAAACUGAAAUAGUUUUAUUUUGGCCAAGUAAUAUUGAUGUGACGUAUGCUUCAAGUAUGGUUAAAAGAUGUAAAAAAAAAUAG